ACAGGCGACGAAUUCAGCCACGCACUCAGGAAAGAGUCUUCUCGUCAAUUGAAUCUUAGCUUGCAAUCCCGCUGGCAGCGGCAUUGCUCGUGCUGUAACAGCUGUCACAGCAGCAGCUGUCACCCAUCCCAUUGUUUUUUAGGGAAAGCUACCAUCUAGAAGACGCGAGCUCGAGCCGCGCUGGUCACCAGAUUCCCGUGUCGCCAUGGACGCGAUGCGGGAGAACCUGGCGUACUUAAUCGACCAGCGGCUGUACGAGUCGGCUGAGAUCCUCGGAAGCUUCCUGAUCUCAGCAGCCGGGCCGGGCAGCGAGGUGUCGGCAAUCUCGAGGGCGGAGAAUCUGGUGCUCUACGCGGACGCGCUCUUUGGAAGACAGGAGUACCGCCGCGCGCUGAAUCUCUACCGCCAGGCGCAGCAGCUCUGCAAGGUGGCCGGCCAUGCGGGCGGCAGCACUCGGACCGUACCCGGCAGCCCUGCCACUGUAGCCAGCGCCGGCCUGGGGAAUGCCAUCCAGUCAGGCAGCUACAGGGCGGCGUGUGCGGGGGUAGGGGGCGGAGGAGGAGGGGGGUGUGUGGUUGGUGGAGUGGGUGGUGGUAUGAGCAUAGUGGCUCUGGAUACAGACGUGGGAAAGGCAGAGGUUCGUCUGAGGGUGGCGGAGUGCUACGUGGCGUUGAAGGAGGUCAAGCCUGCACUCACAGAGCUGGAAGCCGUGCCUCACCGCCUGCGCUCGCUGCGCCUCAACCUGCUGCUGGCCCGCCUCUACCACUCCAGCAGCUACGACCGUGCUGCCCUGGCCGCUUACAAGGAGUGCCUCAGGCAGUGCCCGUUCGCCAUGGAGGCCCUGGCAGCUGUGGCUCAGCUGGGGCUAUCUGCCAAAGAGACCUGCGCGCUGCUGCCCCAGCAAGAGCCCCUUCCGAGCACCCCCAGCAGCAGAGGGGGCGGCAAGGCGGCAGGGGCAGGGGAGGUGCACGAGUCGUGCAGGUGGCUGCAGAAGUAUGUGGAGGCCCAGGCGCACCGCACAGCCAACGAGAAUGCAGCCAGCUUGGACGAGUAUCAGCAGCUGGUGUCUCGAUUCCCCAACAACGUGCACCUGCAACUGCACAUGGGGCAGGUGGAGGCAUCUCAGGGCCGCAACGAAGAGGCCAUGAUUCACUACCAGAAGGCCCGCACUCUAGACCCUUUCAACAUCAGCUGCAUGGACGACUACGCCCUGCUGCUGCUCUCCCGCCGCUCCCCCUCCUCCUCCUCCGCCCUGCCCGCCCCCAACCUGCAAGCAUGGGUGGUGGCUGCUGCGCUGUGGAUGAGUAAAGGGGAGCGAGGGAGUGCCAUGGCUUAUGUUGAGAAGGCCCUUCAACUAGACGACCACCACUUCCCUGCUCUCCUAGCCAAGGGCGCCAUUCUGCUGCAUGCCGAUCGGUCCGAGACAGCAGCGGUGGCGGCAGCAGCAGCAGCCAUUUUUCGGAGAGCAUACACUCAGAAGCAAGACCUGCGGGUGUUCCAAGGUCUGGUCCGAGCCUACCUGCGCAUUCCGAAGCUGAAGGAGGCCAUAGCAGCAGCUCGAGAGGCAGUCAAGGCGUUCCCUAACUCUGCCAGCGCUUUGUCUCUUCUGGGGGAGGUGUAUCUGCAGCACGGGGACAGCAGGGACAAGGCGCGCAAGGUGUUUGAGGCUGCUCUGCGGAUGGACAGUCGUUGUGGCGCUGCUGUCACGGGAUUGGCUGACGCACACAGCAUGGAUGGCCGGCACGCUGCGGCUGUUGACGUCUUGGAGCGCCACCUGGCAGUGGACGCUUCUGACUGGAUCCACGUGAAGCUCGGGUUCGUCCACAUGGCGGCCAACCGGCUGCCCGACGCGCUGCACCACCUGCAGACGGCGCUCAGCAUCAAUCCGUCCAAUGAGAACGCCAAGAGAGGGCUCAACCGCAUCGACAAGCUUCUCAAGGGAGGUGAUGGGGAUGAGGAGGAAGAAGAGGCAUCACUCCAAUAUGGCACUGGCGGUCCAUUGUUCGAAUGAUAAAAGAUAAUUUGGGCGACAGACUUACUGUACAUGCCUUGCUUGAUAGCCCUUGCCGAUAACCCUUUAUGGGUGCCUUGGUUAGUGCAUGGUUGACUUCCGUGCCUUGUUUCUUUGUAAUAGAGAGCCUUUUAUCAGACUCUCGCAUCACUGCAGUUAGCCUGAUGCAAAGUGGUUCAAUGUGGCAUAGAAUUGUUUAACGCUUGGCAUU